AUGGAGAAUCUUAAAGAUGGUUUCCGUUUUCGUCCGACAGAUGCACAAGCGCUUAUUUUCUUGUUGAGAUUCAUUGCUGGAGAAGUGAUGAAUGAUUCUGGAUUUAUCACCACUAACGUUGAUGUGUAUGGCAAACAAGAACCGUGGGAUAUUUACAGUCAUGGAGUACCCUGCGAUAAUGAUGAAGGGGACAACAACGAUUGCACUCAUAAUCGCUUCUUCAUCACAAAGCUCAAGAAGAAAAACAAGUCCAAGUAUAAUCGCAAUGUUGGAAACAAAGGCAGUUGGAAACAACAAGACAAGGGCAAACCAGUUAAAUACUCAUCGGUAACUAUUGGAUGCAAGAAGAGCAUGUCUUACGUGAAUAAGAAUUAUAAUCGGAAAAAUGGGCAUUGGCUUAUGAAUGAGUACGAACUCUCUAGUGCUAUUCUUGAGAAAUUCAAUGAGGAUUGCAGAGAUUAUGUGCUCUGUGCCAUCAAGAAGAGUCUGCAUUACUUCUUCUCCUUCCGAGACUACUUCCACAGUCACAUUCUUGAAUAA